AUGGCUUCUGCGGAGAGACUACCUUCGGAGAAGAGGAAUUCUGCUGCGGAGUUUACUAGGCUGGACGUUACCAAGCUACGGCGUACUACUCGUAUUUCCAAGACUUGCCUCAGCUGUAAGAAGCGCAAAGUCAAGUGCAACUUUGAGGUGCCUUGCGACAAAUGCAUCGCCCGCAACAAAGGCCAUCUUUGCAGUCGUGAGCCUGUCAUUGUGGACGGGGUGGUGAUCAAUGCAGGGGACGAAAAGUUUAUCGAGAUGAAAUUCGCCCAGGAAAACGAGGUACUCAAACGGAAAAUCAAGGACCUGGAAAGAACGGUUUUCAAACUCCGAUCGGAGUUUUCGUUUCUCCACAGUUCCAAUUCGGCUGAUGUGCCGCGGGCCUCAGGACGAAAGGCAUCUUCCCUCGAGCUCUCUGGACCCCAUGGUGGGGUGUGCCUGGAGUUGUCCACCAAAUGGGACAGUUACAGCGUGGUUAUCAGCCUUCUCAACAAAGGCCUAGCCGAGGGCCUACAGGACGACGAUGACCAGAAUUUCGAUGCGAAUACCGAGGAAUGGUCCCGAAUUCCCAACAAGGAACUAAUGAGGUCGAUUCGAUGCGGGGACGAAAAAUCGGAUGUCUGGAACUACCAAUUGAGGCUUAUAGCUAACCUUGACAAGACCCACUCGGAUCUGAUCCUGGAGAGUGCACUGCGCCUAUCUUUUCUUCACAAUGUUUUGGAUAACGACAGAUUUUUACAGGAGUACGAAUCGUAUUGGAACGAUCCAUCCAUCACUGAGAAGCACAUUACCCCGUACUAUUCGAAGUCUAGCAAGGAGUAUCUUUUUCUGGCUCAAUAUUACAUGCUACUAUGCAUUGGAGUAUACUAUUCAGACGACACUCUGCAACAGAAGCUAGGUUUUUCUGACGAGGAAUUGGACCUUCACGCUCGCUCUUUUUUCGCCUGCGGCCUCGAAUGCCUGUUCCGCGGCAGAUACAUGACCUUCCCUAACAUUAGAGCCAUCCAAUUCUUCUCGCUCCUCAAGCUAUGUGCGCAUCCCCUGGGAGGAGUUCAUCUGCAAAAUAGUCUUGUUGGGAUUAUGUGCUACUGCGCGCGGAAGCUGAAACUGGACAGCGUUGCCGGCGACUCAGUCGACCCUGAAACCGACAUGAAGCUCAGAUGCUGGUGGUCGCUGGUGAAUGUUGACUGGUACGAGGACCAGUUCCGCUAUUCUCUGAUCGCACCUGGGACUUUCUGUACGCCCAAGCCGAGGAAGUGGAAAAUCCCGGAUAAAGUGCUAGACUGGGAUAACUACUAUCAGAGAUUUGUUGCCGAAAUUGCAACCAUCAAGAGAAAUUACUAUUUUGACGACACAGUGCUAAAAAGCGAGCUGACUCUCCAGUCGCUUGAAAAGGCAGAUCUUGAGCUCCGCGUGCUUGAAAUCACUGUCAGAAAGGAUUUUGAAAGUUACAUGGACCACGCACGUCUCCAUGCCGACGUUCACUUUUCCACCACAGUGGAAUUCAUUAAGUUUUUGACCGACUAUAUCAUUCUUCAGGAGCGACUUGAUAUCAACAGCAAAAUGUCUAGAUUUAUGACGUAUGACCACUGGACUGCAGACUGCUACGAACUGUGCUGCAAUUGCGCAGAGACCAUCCUCAAACAGUACGCCGAUCCUAAGGUCCCACACUUGUUCAAAAAGCCAUGGUUUGUGUGCGAAUUAGCUGUCUCUGCCGCGGUCUUUUUGCUUGUCGACGCAAUGUUGAACAAGCAGACUGCCAGCCGUCAAAAAUCAGUCGUCUCUCUUGUCAAGAAAAUUAUACCUGUGUUGGGCUCACAUAAGCUCAUAGUUCGUCCCGCUGUGCGGGGCUUGUAUGUGCUUCAUAAAUUAAUUAAUCUCAUGGUCGCGGGUGAUCGAAGGGGAGGCCUUCAGUCGAUAGAAUCAAUUACGAAGAUGCGACAAGCUAGCAAUACGAAGGACCCGAAUAUGGCUCAGAUUCAUGCAAAUAUCCGUUCCAAAGCUCAAAGCAAGUUAAGAAAGCAGCUUAAGUUUAUCAAUUACUCUUCGGAUUCGAAUCCUACCAGCCGCUAUGCCCGGACAGAAAACGAGAGCUUGGCCACGCCUCAAUCUAAGUUUUACGAGGUGGAAGGAGGUGCAAUGCCGCGUGCAUCCGACGCUUCGAUCAGCACGGAACAAAAGGAAAAUCCAUUUCCCGAGGUGCCGGGACAAGUUCCUGAGCUGCAUACGGCGAUCUUGGAUAUUCUAGGCGAUCACGGAUGGGGCCAAUUUUUGGACUCUAUUGACGACUUUAAUAUGACAUUUGAUGUAUAG